UCCGGGAGGCGGGGCGGGGCCGGAGGAGCAGGGCGGAGCGCGUCACGCUAGGGGCCGUGGUAGUGGACGGAGAGCCUGGAACGGGCCGGGUGGGCGCAGGACGGAGCGCGGGUCCCCGCCGCCGGCUGCAAGGAUUCCAGCGUGGAGCUGUUUGGCCGAUCCUGCUCCUCCGUUCGAAGCCAAGCCCCUUGAAAGGAGGCCUCGAUUUGCUCUGGCGUACGAAUGAUGCUGCCAGCAUGUCCGUGCACUCCAUGCUUUGUGAGCGCAUCGCCAUCGCCAAGGAGCUGAUCAAGAGAGCCGAGGCCCUUUCGAGAUCGAGGAAAGGAGGCGUCGAGGGGGGAGCCAAGCUGUGCAGCAAGCUGAAGGCUGAGUUAAAGUUCCUGCACCGGGUGGAGGCCGGGAAGGUGGCCAUUAAGGAAUCCCACCUGCAGAGCACCAACCUCACUCACCUCCGUGCCAUCGUCGAGUCCGCCGAGAACUUGGACGAGGUGGUCGGCGUCCUCCAUGUCUUUGGCUACAUAGACCGCUCGGGAGAAAAGCAGAGCCUCGUGGUGGAUGUGGUGGCCAACGGUGGCCACACGUGGGUCAAGGCCAUCGGCCGGAAGGCCGAGGCCCUUCACAACAUCUGGCUGGGCCGGGGCCAGUACGGCGACAAGAGCGUCAUCGAGCAAGCCGAGGACUUCCUGCAGGCGAGCUCCCAGCAGCCUGUGCAGUAUAGCAGCCCCCGCAUCAUCUUUGCUUUCUAUAACGGCGUGUCCAGCCCUGUGGCCGAGAAGCUGAAGGAGAUGGGCAUCUCCGUCCGAGGGGACAUUGUGGCUGUGAACGCCCCACUCGAGCCGCCCGAGCAGCUCCCGCUCGGCGACAGCGAGUCUGACGAGGAGGCCCCGGGCCCCUUACAGGUGACCCACGUGGACAGAGAGAACAUCGUGGCCAGCGUGGCCUUUCCCACAGAGGUCAAGGUCGACGUGUGCAGUCGGGUGAACUUGGACAUCACGACUCUGAUCACGUACGUUUCUGCACUGAGUUAUGGCGGCUGCCACUUUGUCUUCCGAGAGAAGGUGCUGACCGAACAGGCCGUCCAGGAGCGCAAGGAGCGCGUCCUGCCCCAGCUGGAGGCCUUUAUGGCCAACAAGGAGCUGUUUGCUUGCGAGUCAGCCGUCAGGGACUUCCAGGCCAUUCUGGACACCUUGGGAGGGCCUGGAGAGAGGGAGCGGGCUUCCCGGCUGAUCGGGCGGAUCAGUGUGGUGCCGGACCAGCCCUCUGAGCGUGCCUUAAGACUGGUGACGAGUUCCAAAAUCAACAGCCGCUCCCUAACCAUUUUUGGAACAGGAGACACUUUAAAAGCCAUCACAAUGACGGCCAACAGUGGCUUUGUGAGGGCUGCCACCAACCAAGGUGUGAAAUUCAGUGUGUUUAUCCACCAGCCCCGGGCACUCACUGAGAGCAAAGAGGCCUUCGCCACCCCCUUACCAAAGAGCUGCCCUGCCAGCACUGAUCUGUGAUGGCGGCAGGGCCUUCUGCUACCAAAGAGCUCAGGCCUGCAGAGCCAGUCCUUAGAGGGAGGCGCAGCCCUUCCACCGGCACAUCUCUGUUCAGUCUUCUCUUGUCAAAGUACAGAUGCACACGACAGGAGAGACGCAGUAGCCACAGAUGUCCCUUAUCUGACAUCCACCUGCAGAAACUCGGCUGAGAAAUCUGCUUCCGUGUGUCCUGGGGUCACCACCUUUCCAUGUGAAGGGCUGCCACUGUGUUUCCAUUGAGAAUAGCAUUUCGGGGUAGCCUGUCUACACAACGUCCUACAUUAAAUACCCACUUAAAGAUGCCUAUAGCUUGGCUUUUGUUUUGGUUUCUUUGGUUGUUAUUCCCCUGCCUCAUUCCUUCACAUGGGGUGGGGACUGGGAGGGGAGGUAGCCAAAGAAGCCUGUAAAUCAGCCAUACACAUAGGGGUUCCUUAGACCACUGCUGGUCAAUCAAAGGACCCUGGGCAUAGGGUUCGCUGAGUCUCCUGUGGGAAGAAUGAAACCUGCCAGCCUUCAGCUUCCGAACGCUUCUUUUUACUGGUAACCUUAAAUGCCUCCUUUGUCCAGAGUGGUCAAGCUUUAGACAAGCAUUGGGAAGCCCACCUCAGAGAUUUGGGAGAAGGGGGAGGAGAAGGGUGCUUGGCAUCCUGGGAUGCCCCUCUCAUGGAAGAAGGCAGGUGGGAAGGCCAUGCCCCUCACCGUGGCAGGUGAAGGAAAGAGUGAGCCUCCUUCAGCACCUGAUCCUGGACACAAGUUUUGUCAUGGCCGUUAGGUUUCUAGACUGAAUGCAGGAAACUGGGGGACACAAGAUGGAACUGAAAUACCGUAGGUGUAGGCACACUGCCCACCCAGGCGGUCACUGGCUUGGCUCGGACUUGAAGGCAGCCUGAGAUACUGGAAAGGGAGGGGCCCCACCCUGUCUGCGUAAAGGUGGGGAGACAUUCAGCCUCGGCCCGCUGACCACCGGCUGGCGUGCCAAUCUCCCUGCAUCCCAACUGCCUCGCCAACAUCUCAGGCCUUUCUGUAGCAACUCGGGAGUGAGCACCUCCCAGAGGUGGAAAGGAGGACAUCUGUCAGGAUGACUUCCAGGGUCCCAAUUCAGGCUGUGAUCCCAUGUUCAGGGCUCCAUAGGUUUGGGGCUCUGGCGCUUCAGAACUGGCUCCUUUUCUGUAGGAGGGUGGGAUCUGCAUACCAGAUUGGCCUCUCCCACGAGCCGAUGGGAAGCGUGGGGCUUGAGGCCUCACUGAUGGUUCUCACCAGGUUGCCGUCCCGUCCGACCUGCUUUUGCAAGCAAGCUGCGUACACAGCACAUUGAUUGUACCUCGAUGAAGAGUUCAUUGGAAACGCUUGCACCGAUGCACUGUACUCAAUUUACUGGUCUUCUGCUUUAGGAGAUCGCUUUGCGCUUUAAUUCCUAACACAUCUGAAUUUCCAAUAGCGAAGUAAAUACAUUUAUAAGUUAAAUUGCUCAGGGAACAAGCCCAAGACAGUUAGGAGAAGUGAUGGGGGAGAAGUCUCAGGGUCUGCCAGUCGUGGCCUUGAAUUUGUUGCAUUGCAGGCGUGGUACAAAGUGGUUUUCUGUUACCUGACAUGGCCACAGAGGAUGGGAAGCUGGAAGACCCAUGUUGAGGCGCCUCCCGGCUGCGUGACCGUGGGCAAGCCACCACCUCCAUCUCAGUGUCAUCCCCUGUCAAAAAGGGAUAAUAGUAGGGCCUACAACUCACAGGGUUGUGAGAACCGAAGGAGAUGUUUGUACAGCCCUUGGCCCAGGACUUAGUGCAUAGUAGGUGCUGAAUCCCUUCCCCCCUCUAUUUACAAAUUGGCAAUCCUCAUAGCUUCAGUGCUAUGAAUAUCUUUCUUCACGUUAGCUCAGGCCUCUUUAUUCCGUGACUGUAUAGCAGCAGUGCACAGUCAGAAGUUGUCUUACCACAUGGGCCUCAAGAUACAUUUUUACCACGAUCCCGGUCUAUUUGUUCCUUUAACAGAGCGUUUGCGAGCUUGUUUUCUGUUUACUUCCUGUUUACAUUUUCUAAAUUAAAUCUUAAUUUUUUCCAGUGAUCAAGUAUUCCUUUUUUCCUCCCUCCACCCUGAAGAAAACAACCCUUGUAACAAAUGAGCAUAGUCAAGAAAAAUAAGUUCUCAUUGUGCAUGUCCAGAAAUGUGUGCCUUGCUCGGCAUCUGCUUCAUGUUUUUGGAAGAAGUCUGUGUCUGGCCCUGUGGGAUGCCCUGCAAGUCCCUGAAAUGAGGAGAUGGCAGCAUUCGAUGGGGGAGAGGCCGGGAGUCUGGGUUGGCUGGGCCUGGCUUCCAGACGUCACUCCACCCUCCUGGACAGUGAGGAUUCACCAGAAAGCCUCCCUUCGUGUGCCCGGUGUCUGAGUUGUCAGGGCCUUGUGGCAGAGCACUUUACACCCCUUCCGUCGUGCACUAGAACAGGCAGAAUCGUUCUGUGGCAUGAUCUCAAGAUUUACCUCGCUCGUGUAUGUGUAGGCCGGAUUUCUGUUUGAUUUUACUCCUUGAAUUUGACUGGAAUUUUCCAUAAAAGGUUUGUCUGGAUUUGUCAAAAUGACUCCAAAUUCCCUCUGGUUCCUAUCUUGAUGUGUGUAGAUUGUAUCUUGCCUACAGAAUGCUUUCCAAGUGUCAGCCAGUGUAACCAGAAUGGCCUUUGUUUUCUUUGGGUGACUCAGUUUACCUCAUUGAGCCUUGCUGGGGCUACCGCUUCUCUUCCGGGACAGGAAGCCCAGACACCAUGCCAGGAAUCAGAGAACUUCCUGUGUGAUGAGUCAUGGGGCUGGCUGAGGGGAGGUGUUGACUCCAGAGCCAUGCCCUGUUGGGUGUUAACCUAGUCUACGCUAGGGGGAGGGGCCAGCUUAAGAACCAAUCGGCCCUGGUCAUUCAGGCGGUGCUUGAUGAUGUCAAGAACUCUAUAAGAGGGGAGAGGACAGCUUGAAGAGCUCUCUUUCCUUUUCCUGUUGGCACGGGAGCAGUGGGGAGCGUGACUCUGGGCCAGCCCUUGCUCUUGGGCUGGGCCCAGAUGUUGGUAACUAUGAAUUGUAUUGGGUCUGUCUGUUGAUAUUUGUAAUUUGUUUGUAUUUUGGUUUUGAGGUUUGGGGUGCUGGUUCGUUUCCCCUGAACUAAAUGAAUGUUCUGAACCUCAGGGUGCUGGCUUUUUCCCCUGAAGUAAGUGAAUGAACCUGUAUUUGGUCUAUCUCUUGAUGCUUAUCUCUUUGCUCCCCUGAACUAACUGAAUGCUGGCAUUUUCCCCUGAACUAAAUGAAUGUUGUCUGUAUGCUAACUGAAUGCAGGAUUAAAGUAAGCUGGUCAACCCGUUC